AUGGCUGGUGGAAGAGGUAGAAGAAUUGGUGCCAAUAACUCAGCUGAUGAAAUUGCCCAUGCUAUUCACCGAUUGGUUGACGCUAUGCAGCCGCAACAGGUGGUGCUACCACAGCCUACACCACGACCUGUCAGCAUGGAUGAUUUCAUGAGGCACAAACCAGCCAAAUUCAAUGGUAAGGCCACUCCUGAUGACGCAGAUGCGUGGAUCAGGGAGUGCGAGAAGAUAUUCCGUGUACUAGGCUGCUCAGAUGAACAGAAGCUGGCCUAUGCCACCUUUCUCUUGGUGAGUGAUGCAGAAUACUGGUGGGUUGGCAUGCAGCAACAGAUGGGAACUAGGGAGGAGGAAGUGAGCUGGGAGAAUUUCAAAAAGAGAUUCCUGGAAAAGUAUUUUCCAGAUAGUGCUAAACAUGAGAGGGAGGCUGAGUUCUUGACCUUACAGCAGGGCAAUAUGACUGUACAGGCUUACGUUAACCAAUUUGAAUAUCUGGCGCGGUUUUACACACAAAAUAUCACAGAGGAAUGGCGUUGUCGAAAAUUUGAGAGGGGUCUACGACAUGAACUGCUCAGGGUUCUGGUGCCACUCAGGAUCCGAGAGUUUCCUCUCUUAGUGGAACAAGCGAAAAGGAGUAGUGGGGGAUGGCGGAAAUGUUUUGUGUGUGAUCAACCUGGCCACUUUGCAGACAGGUGUCCUAAUAAGAAGACGGUCGCAGAGCCACGACCACAAUUGCCUUCUACAGAGAGGCCAAGAGCAGCAGGGAGAGUGUUUGCGCUGACUAGCGCCGAGGCAAAUCGAUCAGGUAAUCUUAUACAAGAUACAUGUGUAAUGAUGGGUCAGAAUGUAUGGGUGCUUUUUGAUUCGGGAGCUUCACAUUCUUUUAUUUCCAAUGCAUGUGUGGGGAGGUUGGGAUUAGAGGUUCAUGACUUGGGGUGCGAGCUAGUAGUCUCGACACCGACGUCUGGGCAAGUUAUAACGAGUGCUAGUUGUGAUGGAUGCUCGAUCGAAGUGGCGGGCCGUAGGUUCAAGGUGAACCUAAUCUGCUUGCCGUUGGAGGAUUUAUAUGUGAUAUUGGGGAUGGACUGGCUGUCCAAUCACCAUGUGGUAAUGGAUUGUGGACGGCGCAGAUUGAUAUUUCCAGAAACUAAAGGGGUAAAAUUGAUUUCAUCUCAAGAAGCUAUGAAAGAAUUGAGAGAGGGAGCUACCUGUUUCAUGAUGAUAGCUCAAUCAGAGAAAAAGAGUAGUGAAGAGCAGAUCCGUAACAUCUUUGUGGUGGCUGAUUUUGCGGAUGUGUUUCCGACGAAGUUCCUGGAUUACCCCCAAGCAGGGAUGUGGAUUUCACUAUCGACCUCAUCCCUGGGGCAGGUCGGUGUCUGUCGCUCCUUAUAG